AUGUUCGAGCGUCAUCAGUCAUCACCUACACCACUCAGCGUCAUCAGUCAUCACCUACACCACUCAGCGUCAUCAGUCAUCACCUACACCACUCAGCGUCAUCAGUCAUCACCUACACCACUCAGCGUCAUCAGUCAUCACCUACACCACUCAGCGUCAUCAGUCAUCACCUACACCACUCAGCGUCAUCAGUCAUCACCUACACCACUCAGCGUCAUCAGUCAUCACCUACACCACUCAGCGUCAUCAGUCAUCACCUACACCACUCAGCGUCAUCAGUCAUCACCUACACCACUCAGCGUCAUCAGUCAUCACCUACACCACUCAGCGUCAUCAGUCAUCACCUACACCACUCAGCGUCAUCAGUCAUCACCUACACCACUCAGCGUCAUCAGUCAUCACCUACACCACUCAGCGUCAUCAGUCAUCACCUACACCACUCAGCGUCAUCAGUCAUCACCUACACCACUCAGCGUCAUCAGUCAUCACCUACACCACUCAGCGUCAUCAGUCAUCACCUACACCACUCAGCGUCAUCAGUCAUCACCUACACCACUCAGCGUCAUCAGUCAUCACCUACACCACUCAGCGUCAUCAGUCAUCACCUACACCACUCAGCGUCAUCAGUCAUCACCUACACCACUCAGCGUCAUCAGUCAUCACCUACACCACUCAGCGUCAUCAGUCAUCACCUACACCACUCAGCGUCAUCAGUCAUCACCUACACCACUCAGCGUCAUCAGUCAUCACCUACACCACUCAGCGUCAUCAGUCAUCACCUACACCACUCAGCGUCAUCAGUCAUCACCUACACCACUCAGCCAUCGACGUGAAAACGUACAACGUGUUCAUCGCAGCGAACUCUGUCCUGCUUGA